AUAUUGACCAAAAUGUUUAACAAAUUAGAUACGUCCAACUAUAGCUGCGUGCUUAUUAUAACACAACUUUCUUUUCUUAUGUUUGCUAGGCAAUUCGAGUGCUUGCCAGGCGAAUGCAUACCGAUGGGCAAUUUAUGUGAUAACAAAUAUGAUUGUACCAACGGACGGGAUGAGUCCUUAGAGCUUUGUUUGCAGGCUGAGUAUUGUCCAUCCAGUUCCUUUCAGUGUGGCAAUGGCAAGUGCUUGGAUCGUAACAAACUUUGUGAUGGUUCAAUGGAUUGUAUGGAUGGAGCAGAUGAAAUGCCAAAAGUCUGUUUAGAAGAAGAUCACUCAAAAAAUAUAACAUUGAGGGAAAAAUUUACUUGUAUGGAGCCUCGCCACUUGGGUCUAAAAUUUAGAAGCAAAACCAGCUUUCAUUUUAAUGGCAAAGAAAACUUUGUGUACGCAAAUGAAGCAGCCGAAUUUGAAUGCUAUGAUGCUAGUGGAAAGUUUUCGGGCAAUUUCUCAAAUGUGUGCAAUAACUCAGGCAACUGGCACUUCAAGCUGCCAAUUUGCUCCAUGAAACCGCCAAACCUAAAUCCAGAUACAAAUGGCACCAACGGUUGUCCAAUUGAUGAAUAUAACAAAGAUUCCUUUGUGAUUAUUAAUAGUCAAACUCUGCAAUCAGCUGCACCACCUAUAAAUGAAAUGAGUGUAAGAUUUAGUUGCAAAGAAGGAUAUGAAUUAAAAACUGAAGUGGCCGUAGGACGUUGCGAAGAAAAAAAAUGGUAUCCAGAAAUAUUAAAUUAUGUACGAUGUCUCAAAAUAUGCGAUGAAAGUCUGUUGUACUGUGACGACUCUUUACAACCAUAUUCAUACAUUUCUGCGGAGUCAAUAACAAUAACAAGACCAAGAGAAAAAAGUAUUAGAUCAGGCAUGACAGUACUUUUUGACUGCAAUGUAGGAUAUGGUGUCCCAAAAGAAAACACAAUGCCUCAACCGACGAUGAAGUGUCUCCCUGAUGGAACAUGGGAGCGUAGUGCCAACAUGAAAGACUAUUGUAAAGUUCGGUGUGGAUAUAAUAGUGGAGAAGGACUAUCAAAAAGCGCACUAAAAGUGUCGUCCACAUUUUCGCAGUGGACUGUUGCCAUUUAUGAGCUUAAUGAAAAGACUUUGGAUUACGAGUAUAUUUGUAGUGGAGUAUUGAUAAAGAUGAAUUUGGUUUUGACGGCCGCACACUGCUUUCAAGAUGAUCUUAAUCGUAAUCCUGCAUUUUAUAGAGUUGGUUCUUCUACCAGCAAACUGCAAAUAGUUAAUAAUACUUAUGGCAGAGCAGUUCUUGAAAUACAAAUUAAUGAAGCCUUUCACUACCAGGAUAGUGAAUAUGAUGGGGAUACUGCUCUAGUAAGGUUGUCUAUUGAUGCUGUAACGAUUGAGAAAGUAAUCUGUCUGCCGGAACCUUUCGGAAAUUUUAAAGUGAAGCCCGUUGUUGGCUAUGUUGGUCAAAUUAUCACUUGGAGCACGAAGUCGAAUAAAAACGAAUUCUUGGACUUGACAAUGGUUGCCGCCAAUAUAACGAGCUCCGAAACUGGCCACUUUAGCGCGCAGAGCACGAUGGACAAUUACACGCUUUGUAAAGGGGAUAGUGGAAGUGGAUUUGUUGCCAAUUGCAUGGGGACAGAUAGUGCCAUGAAGGAUUGCUUAUUGGGUAUUACAAGUAAUACAAAACACAUCGAUGAAUUUACUUGCAGUAGUGAAGUAUACUUUUCUGAUAUAAACCAUAUUAGCAAUUCUAUGUUUAUAUCUAAAUAUUAUGAUACGAUGACGUACCGAUGUGGAGAUUAAUAUUCAAUAUCU